CUGAUUAAAACUUGUUUGUUGUUGUUUGCGUGGUUGUUUGGUUUCAUGGGUUUCAUGGUUUGCCGUUUGUCCUUGUGUGUUUUUUAUGAUUAUUGUUUGAUACUUAUUAAUGUGCUUGAAUAGUUUAAUUAUCUGAAUUCUUUGUAAAUUGUGUGGACUAAAUGUAGACUAAUUCUUUGCAUAUUUCAAGUUACUAGUUACUGUUACGGAAUAUCCACAAUCAUGAUUAACACCCCGCGUUGGACUGGAGGAACAGACGAGGAAUAUGAAACUCAGCAUUUUGGUUUCGGAGCCCAACGUUUCAAGAUCGCUGUGCGGCAGAUGGUAGAACAAAAAAUACAAAAUGGGGUGAAAUAUAUGGAAUCGUCCAUUCAAGACUCGUUGGGUUUGAACGAUACGGAUAGAAAAACUCUUACUCGUUCGUGUGAUAAACUUAUACGUUUGUAUUGUGAAAGGGCAGGGUCUUCUCUCGAAGUUAUUGAUGAAGAAAUCGAGCGUUUACUGAAAAUACCACAGAAUGUCCUGUUACCAGAGGACGAAGUUCGACUAAAUCAAGUUUCUGAAGAGGAGUAUGAAAGUCUUAAAGAUGAAAUCAGCAACUUAAGAAAACGAGUACACCGUGCUGCCUUAAUGGAAGCCGUGUUAUCUGCUGAAGAUGAGGAAUUGUCGUCGGUUGAAAAAGUUUGUGAGAUUGCGACAAAGAAUAUGGAAGUACUGGAUGUACUUAAGAAGAAAUUAGAAAAUCCUAAUACUGUUAAAUCAGUGCAUAAUGAGCUCCAGUUCCUUUGCUCGAGGGUACCAUUUAUGCAGAAACCUCAUAAAGAAGAUCUUUUUGAAGAUUAAUUGAGUGAGGCCUGAAACUACUCAUCAUUAUAUUAGCAGACUAACUUGAGCAUGUUAUGAAGUAAUUGGAUCCCAAUAUCUAAUAUGAAGUAUGUUGUACUGUACAAAUAUUAAGUAAUAUUAUAUAUUAUUUUAAGGAAAUAAAAAAAACAACAAUAACAUGUAUUAUUUUAUUGUAAAAACACAUCUUACAUUAUCUAACUGUUGAGAACAACAACAUUUAUUAAUACAUAAAUCUUUAUAACAUUGACUGGUCGUCAAUCACUUAACAAGAAAAUAUAAUAUCUAGAACAAAUAGACUUUUAUAUAAAUUAAAAUAGUAUCUAAAAUGUUUAUAUAACUUGGCACAACAACAAUCUGCAGACAUUUAUUAUUUUAAAUAAAAUAUGCAUACUUUACUCAUCUACAAACAUUGUCUAUCCUAUUUUAUCUUGACAAUUACAGUUUAUUUUAU